GCUCCCAUCGCCUUCUGCAGCUCAGCUUAGUUUUGCUAUGACUGCUGGGGCUGAGCCCGGGCACAGCUCACGAGCAUCACCCAGGAUGGAUACGCCCCUCUAUAGGUGCCUCUGCCAGGGAGGCUGCUGCACAACCUGGGAGGAGGGAGGGUCUGCGAGACUUUGGGCGCUUUUUGCCAUGACCAAAUCACAGCAUUACUAAAUCAUGGCAUUACCGAAUCACUGUGUUAGCAACGGGAGGGACUGUGGCGUUAGAGGUGCCAGCGCUUGCAGCCAUAGCAAGGAUACAGGUGGGGAAAGGAGAGUAUUUAAUUAGAGCAGAAGAAAAAGUGAACCUGGAGGCAGCAAACCCUUCCUCAUGUUGGGUGUCAGGUGUGCUGAAAGCUGGGGUGUUUGCUGGUCCUCCCAGCCCAUCUGACUGGGGCACCCUGCAGGAUCAGGCACUCAGGGCACCUGAGCUGGGCUCAGAUCCCAUCCACUGGUGAAAUAUUACCCGAGGGAGCCAAGCGCCACAGGAAAUACUUCCCAAACACCUUUCCUGGCGGGUGGGAGCUGCUGCGCUGCUCUCCAGGGAGUCUUGGAGACUCCAGCCUGGCCAGGAGGGCUGCCACUCUGCCAUCUGCACAUGGGAUGGCAGCCUCGAAGCAGGUGCUGUCACUGCUGGUUGCAGCUCUCCUGCUGCACAUGGCCACCAUGCUGAAGAUCAGCGCUUUCAACAUCAAGGCAUUUGGGGACAGCAAGAUGUCCAACCAGACCAUCGCAGAUAUCAUCGUCUCUAUCCUGUCUGGAUAUGACAUCACCCUGGUGCAGGAGGUCCGGGAUGCUGACUUGAGUGCUGUGAAGAAACUCACUGAUCAGCUCAACAGCAUGUCCCUGCACCCAUACAGCUUUUUGGAUAGCAUUCCCCUGGGCCGGACCAGCUACAAGGAGCAGUAUGUCUUCAUCUACAGGUCGGACAUGGUCUCAGUGCUGGAAAGCUACUACUACAAUGACAGCUGCGGCUCCGGUGGAACCAAUGCCUUCAGCAGGGACCCAUUCAUUGUGAAGUUCUCCUCACCCACAACACGUGAGCAGAGCCAGUGCUGGGGCUGCCUUGACCUGGCACAGGGUCCCCUCUGCGCAGGGCUGAUGCCAGGCAGGGAGGUUGCACCCUGGAGCACAGCUCAGAGGCUCCACCAGGGUCCUUCACUGCAGCAGGGCCUUCUCCCAACCAUGGGUGCCCAGGGGUCCUGGGUACCUGCCCAGCAUGGCCAGCACUGCCUGCUGUUUCUCACCAUGCACCAUCUCCCAUCACCGUCAUCUCCCACCGUGUGUUCUCUCCAGUUGUGUACCAUCUCACAUCUCCAGCUGUUUCCCAUCUUGUCCCACAUCCCAUCACCUGCUACCUCCCAUCUUGUGCUAUAUCCCACCAUCUGCUUCCUGCACUUCGGUGUCAUCUCCCAUCAUGUACCAUUCCCCAUUGCUUGCCAUGCCCCAUCACCUGCCAUCCCCAUCACAUGCCAUCUCUCAUCAUGUCCCAUCUCCCACCUUAUGGAAUGUCUUACCCGGUACCAUCACUUCCACCUCCCAAGAACCUCCCAAGAAUGCACACACUCCCCCAUCUCUCUUCCACCUCCAUCUCCUUCCCAAACCCACAGUGUCCUGGAAAAACUGAUGGGAAACAAGUAGCAAACCCCAAACCAUGUGCAGAGGGAUGCAACUCCCCACUGGAAAUUCCAGCCUGGAGGACAAGCAGACCACGAAAAGCCAAUGCACCCUUUCCCUUUGGCAGCUUUUCCCAGCUGGUAGCUGGGGCUUGGCCCUGGGUAGUUCCUGGGGUUCCCACUCCCUUCCCGGGUGCUGCACCCGAGCUGGGGGCUGACAGCCACCUGUCCAGCAGAGGUGGAGGAGUUUGUGAUGGU